AUGGCUUCUCAAACAAAUUCUUAUGCGGUGCCAGAAAUAGUUACCGGAUAUCCAGAGCCAUCGUCCUCCCCCGCUCUUCGUCGGUGGUGGACACGACCAAUAGUGACUUAUCCGGCAUCUAAUGAUCGUGAACCCACUUGCACGGAGGAGUUGGCUGACAUUAUACCAUGUUGCAGCGGCUUAUUCACCGUGGUCGCCGUCUUCUGCAUUUUCUUAUUAGUCCUCGACAAAACUCUCCCACACGCCAAAUUCUCCAUCCAAUCCAUCAACGUUUCUCCCUCCGACGUCGCCACGUGGCACGUCGAGUUCCUCGUGAAAAACCCGAGCUCGAGAUAUUCUAUUUACUACGGCGGUGAUGACGCUUCCGUGAGGCUCGGUCCUCUAAACGUCGCCGUUUUAAACAUUUCUCAUAGACGUGAGUCUAGAGAUGUCACGGCUUUGUCCUUGGCUUUUGUUGCCGAAAACAACGUCGUUUCGGAAGAGCUUGAUGUCAAACUCAGAGGGAAGCAUAAGCGUUACGUAGAUGGUGAUGAAGCUGGACACUUUGAUGUAAGAUGUCAAAAUCUCACCCGAAGCCAUGAGAACAAGAUUAUAUGCCAAUCCUCUUUCACACCUUUAGUUUUACUAAAUAUUGUUUAG